AAGUCAGCAACCUACAAACCACAAAAGCACACAAGUUCUUCAAAUCCUCAAGCCAAGUCUACAUUUUCCAAAAAAGCAAUGACUUCCAAACUCUUCUACUUUGCAUUUCCAAUUCUCCUCCUCUUGCUUCCUUUCUUUGACUCUCCAUCUUUGGCUCAAACUCCCAGCAACAAUCCAAUCUCACCAGGCACAAUUUGCAACUCAACCCUGGACCCUUCAUACUGCAAAUCUGUCCUCCCUAACAGACACCAAAAUGUCUACGAUUUCGGGCGGAAUUCUGUCCGGCAAUCUCUUUCGCAGUCCCGUAAAUUCUUGUCCCUGAUCAACAAGUACCUCAAAAAACAAUCCAGCUUGACACCGUCCGCGAUUGGAGCUCUCCAAGAUUGUUAUUUCCUAGCUACUCUAAACAUGGAGUUCUUAACAAGUUCAUUACAAACUGUCUCUAAUACCAACCAGGAGUUACCUUCGUCGCAAGCCGAUGAUGUUCAAACAUUGCUUAGUGCAAUUCUAACGAACGAACAGACAUGUUUAGAUGGAUUGCAGUCCACAGCUUCAGCUUGGAGUGUAAGGAAUGGACUAUCUUUUCCUCUAUCAAAUGACACAAAGCUUUAUAGUGUUUCUCUAGCUUUGUUCACAAGAGGUUGGGUUCCGAAGAAGAAACGCGCCACGUGGAAACCUACGGAGCAACAACAACUCUUUCGACACCCUCGAUUGCCCCUUAAGAUGUCGAGCAAAACGAGGGCCGUUUACGAGACGGUGAGCCGAAAAAAGCUUCUUCAGAAUGUGGGAGGUGAGGUUGAGGUGAGUGACAUUGUGGUUGUGAGUCAAGAUGGGAGUGGCAAUUUCACUACCAUCAAUGAUGCCGUUGCCGCUGCUCCUAAUAAUACGAAAGGUAACAAUGGCUAUUUCUUGAUUUAUGUCACCGCCGGCGUUUAUGAAGAGUAUGUCUCCAUCGCUAAGAACAAGAAUUACUUGAUGAUGAUCGGAGAGGGCAUCAAUCAGACGAUAAUCACCGGCAACCGUAACGUUGUUGAUGGUUGGACUACUUUCAAUUCAGCUACAUUCGCUGUGGUGGCACCAAACUUUGUAGCAGUCAAUAUAACAAUCCGUAACACAGCGGGUGCAGUCAAGCAUCAGGCGGUGGCAUUACGAAACGGUGCGGAUUUGUCAACCUUCUAUAGUUGCAGCUUUGAAGGGUUCCAAGACACACUUUACACACAUUCUCUACGACAAUUCUACAGUGGGUGUGACGUUUAUGGUACCGUCGAUUUCAUAUUCGGAAACGCUGCUGCUGUGUUCCAAAAUUGCAACUUGUACCCGAGACUACCAAUGGCGGGUCAAUUCAACGCCCUCACCGCACAGGGUCGGACCGACCCCAACCAGAAUACCGGGAUUUCAAUCCAAAACUGUAACAUUAGAGCUACAAACGACUUGGCUUCCGCAAAUAUAACCAUCCAGACGUACUUAGGGAGGCCAUGGAAGGAAUAUUCAAGGACGGUUUAUAUGCAGAGUUUCAUGGAUAGUUCGAUUAAUCCGGCCGGGUGGUCCGCAUGGAGUGGAGACUUCGCGCUCAGUACAUUGUAUUAUGCUGAGUAUAACAACACCGGACCCGGAUCCAACACUAGUAAUCGGGUCACUUGGCCUGGUUACCGUGUGAUUAACGCUACUGAUGCUGCCAAUUUCACAGUGUCUAGUUUCUUGCUUGGAGAUAAUUGGAUACCACAAACAGGAGUCUCUUACACUAGUGGCUUGAUUUGAGCAAAUUAAUUAAUUAAUUAAUUUGUUGUAUUAUAAUGUUUUUUCUUUCAAUUUUUAUUUGUUUUAAUUUUAAUCACAUUGUAUUAAUUGGUCAUGUAAUAAGGUAGAAUAUCAAGAUGUACCACAUGGUAUUUAAAAUAUAUUUGAUUUAUCGAUGCAUUAAUUUUAAAA